AUGCAGGGAAUAAUAAUAGGUGUAUAUUUAUUAUCGCUAGGAGUGUGUUUGGUCACGCCAGAUAUAUCAGAUACUCGGCAGCGAUCCCCUCAUUGUGUGGAAGGGCCGCAAUGCCCAGGGCGGGAUGGGAGAGACGGCGUACCAGGCUUACCCGGAAGGGACGGAAGUGAUGGUCAUCCAGGAGCCAAGGGGGACAAGGGAGAUAGGGGCGGCAACCAUGGCCUUUCAUCUGAGAAGGGAGAGAAAGGCAAUGCAGGAAUAAAUGGAAUCACACCCGAGUGCCCCGCGUGUGAGGCUAGGAAGAUCCACCAGUGCACAUGGGACAGCGGCAACGGAAUAAUCUAUCAAUGCAGUGUGACAAAGCUGAGAGCCGACACCGGACUGUUUGUAAGAUGGACAGGCAACCUUCGCAAUAUCAGGAAUGAAGACAGGUCCUGCAGUCGUUGGUACAUCACCUUCAAUGGUACUGAGUGCCAGAGCCCUGCCCGCAUUGAUGCUCAGAUGUACAGCAGUCAGCAAGGACUCAACAUGCACAUUCCCUCAAUAGUUGAAGGCAUCUGCUAUGAACUGCCUACUGGGAGAGCGGACAUACAAUUCAACGUGGGAGCCUGCAGGAAUCCAGCCCAUAAGCAUGGGGACAGCUCCACGGGUUGGGACAGCGUUUCACGCAUGAUCAUUGAGGAAAUACCAUCAUAAUUUGCUGUGCAUUUCAUUAUCUACUCGUCAAUAAUUCUACUCGGUUAAUCUAUGGUAAAACGUAUCUGUUCGACUUUAGUUUCUCUAGCUAUGAGCUAGAGUCAAUCCAUGCAGCCGACAACAAAUAAUUACGUACUUCAGGACACUGCUUGUGCACGGCUUCAUGAUUGAAACCGAAUUCGUUCUCAUUGUACUUGGUAUAAAUGCCUCAAAUGCUGUGUUAUAAAGCUGAAACAAUAUUAUCUUACAUUAAAUAUAAGUCAAUUCCCGCACUGCCAUGAAGAUUUUGUGGUCCUAUAACAUGAUUUAAUAUAGCGAGGAUAUGGUAAUAACGUCUGGUGUUGGAUGAGAUCUGUGGAAAUAUUAUGUUUGUUACACGAAUAAUUAAACAAUAUCAGAUCCUGGCUAGGAAGCAAACUACUGCACCAAAUUUUAAGAUGGUAGAGAGAACAUUUAGUUCUAGUAAACGUCUGGGGAGCUAAACGUUUGAUUCAGUCAGCUAGCGCCAUCUACGAAAUUUUUCCUUGACAUCCACUUGAAUCAAGAAUGUUUCAUCUUUAACCAAGGCUAGUACAUGACUUAGUCAUUUGGUAUUGGUGAUAAGAUACAUGAAUAAAUGACCCAUUUUACGUUAUAAGAGAUCAUAUAUAUAGUUUAUAGCUACAUAUGGUAUUAAAUAUAAUUGAUGGAAGCUAUUUUUGCACGUUGCAUGGAUCGAUAUAUCAUUGAUAAGUACACUGUAACUGGAUGCUCUGUGUACAAGCUGUUCCCGCCUGUCACUUCCAAAUGCAUACAGUGCUAGAGGUCUGUCUCUAAAUGUGAUUGAUAUUAUGUUUAUAAGUA